GCAAGGAUUCGGAAACGUGUACAGAGAGAGAGAGAGAGGGGAGUUUCUGCUCUAGAGAGAGAAAGAGAGUUUAUUCGCUCUCAAAUCAAGCGAUCGAGCUUUUUUCUGGUUUUGCAGAGUUCUACACGACGGCAACAUAUUCAUAACAGUUACAAGAUUUAGAGCAGAGAGGGUGUAGACCAAAAUGUUGGAGCAACUGCUGAUAUUUACCAGGGGAGGGUUGAUUCUCUGGACUUGCAAAGAGCUUGGCAAUGCUCUUAAAGGAUCACCCAUCGAUGCUCUCAUCCGGUCUUGCCUCUUGGAGGAGCGGUCUGGUGAUUCUGCCUUCAAUUACGAUGCGGCAGGGGCCUCCUACACCCUCAAGUGGACCUUCCACAAUGAGCUUGGCCUCAUAUUUGUUGCAAUUUACCAAAGAAUUCUCCAUCUCUUGUAUGUGGAUGACCUUUUAUCCAUGGUGAAGCGUGAGUUCUCAGAAUUGUAUCAUCCGAAGAGGACAUACUAUGAAGAUUUUGAUGAUAUAUUUCGACAGCUUCAAAAGGAGGCAGAAGCAAGGGCGGAGGAAAUGAAGAAAUCAAAACCACAGGCAAAACCAGUUGAGUCAUUAACCAAAAAAGAGGGACAAAUUGCUAAUAAGAAAAAGGGGGUUUUGCUGGCUGGGAAAGAGAAAGUUUCAAGCAAGGAUGAUGCAUCAGAGGGGAAUCAUACUAAUGGUCAUAAAUUAGAGAAUGGGAACUCUAAUGGGCGUGAGUUGGGAACUAAGACAACUCAUGCUGAUGUAAAGAAGAGUGUUCCUGAAUCUGGGGCCUUUGAUGUGAGUAAGCUCCGGAAACUGAGGUCUAAAGCAAGUAAGAAAAUGGAUACAUUUAGUAAAGCUCCCAAAGUGGAGCAAAAUAAAAAAACAACAAAGAAAAACAGAGUUUGGGACGAUUCACCUUCUGAGUCAAAGUUGGAUUUUACGGAUCCUAUGGCUGAGAAAGGGACUGAGGCUGUUGUAGUGGUCGAUCAAGGUGAAAGCAUGAUGGAUAGGGAAGAAAUUGUGAGCAGUGAUAGUGAGAUUGACGAGGAUGAGGAAGAGAGUGGUAAGCCUGACAACAAGAAGAGAGGAUGGUUUUCAUCUAUGUUUCAAAGUAUUGCGGGGAAGACAGUUCUGGAGAAGUCUGAUCUGGAACCUGCUUUAAAGGCACUCAAGGAUCGCCUUAUGACAAAAAAUGUGGCUGAGGAAAUAGCUGAGAAGCUUUGUGAAUCUGUAGCGGCUAGUCUUGAAGGAAAGAAGCUGGGUUCAUUCACAAGGAUAUCUUCGACAGUUCAGGCUGCAAUGGAAGAAGCUCUUCUCCGCAUUUUGACUCCGAAACGUUCAGUUGACAUUUUGAGGGAGGUUCAUGCUGCUAAGGAGCAAGGAAAACCAUAUGUCGUGGUUUUUGUUGGGGUCAAUGGAGUUGGAAAGUCCACCAAUCUUGCCAAGGUUGCGUAUUGGCUUCUGCAGCAUAACAUCAGCGUGAUGAUGGCCGCCUGUGAUACUUUUCGAUCAGGUGCUGUUGAGCAACUCCGCACUCAUGCUUGCAGACUCCAGAUUCCUAUAUUUGAGAAAGGUUAUGAGAAGGAUCCUGCAGUUGUUGCAAAGGAAGCUAUCCAGGAGGCUAGUCGGAAUCAUUCAGAUGUUGUGCUUGUUGAUACAGCUGGUCGAAUGCAGGACAACGAGCCUUUGAUGAGAGCGCUUUCCAAGCUUAUCAAUCUGAACGGUCCUGACUUGGUUCUGUUUGUUGGAGAGGCACUUGUUGGAAAUGAUGCUGUAGACCAACUCUCAAAGUUUAACCAGAAAUUAGCGGACCUCUCGACUUCGUCCAGUCCCAUGUUAAUAGAUGGCAUCCUCCUUACAAAAUUUGAUACAAUUGAUGAUAAGGUUGGAGCUGCACUUUCCAUGGUUUAUAUUUCUGGAGCACCUGUGAUGUUUGUUGGCUGUGGUCAGUCUUACACCGAUCUUAAGAAGCUCAAUGUCAAAUCUAUUGUCAAAACCCUUCUUAAGUGAUCGAUGAACUCAUGCUCUCUCUCUCUCUCUCGCUAAAACAACUCUGCAUCCUUGCACUAGCGUCCUACUACUACAGCCCCCAAUGACCUCAUCCUACGGAUUCUGGUGGUGAAUUGAUAAGUUCUAAGGAUAUAUGUACAGUAUUUGUAUCAGCUAUGAGUUUGUUUGUGGCAAAUUCACCUUGAUACGUUCAAAAUUCAUAUUUUAUGAUCAUUAAUAUAUGAAAAACUGCGAUUUUAGUUGAUA